AUGGACCUUGUCCGGAAGGAGCAUGAACGGCUCGCUAAGAGGCUGAAGGCUUCUCAGAAUAUUAAGAAUGUACAAGACACGAUAGAUCUAAUUCAAGCAGCGCGAGACACUAUCGCUUCUGAUCCAGGUCAAGCAUCCAUAACUCUAGCAAAGCUCCAGAAUUCCGUCAAAUCAUCAUUCGACUCGAUCAAUGACAAUCUCAAAGAACACCACAGCGCUCUGAACAAGUACAGCAAAGCACUAGAUAAGCUCUUCAAAGAUAAACCACUUCCAGAUACCGAGCAUGAUGCUUUAUCAUCUCGAGAGCAUCUCAUCAACCGCGCGAUUGCGAUGCACCUGUUACGAGAGGGACAGUUCUCUGUAGCCGCAACCUUCCUUUCCGAAAUAGCCGAAAAGAAAGCUUUGAGGCAAGAGAACGAUAUGGAUACGGAUGGCCCAGACGACGCCACGAGUCUUCUCGAUAUCGACGAUGUUCCUUCGAGCGAAGUGCGGAAACAAUUUGCCACGAUGUAUUACAUACUACAUGAGAUGAAGGAGAACAAUAACCUGCUUCCAGCUAUACAGUGGUCAAGGGACAAAAAAGAAGCUCUGGAGGCACGAGGCAGUAACCUUGAAUUUGAACUGUGCCGAUUACAGUUCGUCUGGCUCUUUCACGGCGGACAAGGCCCUGCUGUCGCGGGUCCACAAGCUGCGUUGGAGUACGCCAGGCGCGAGUUCCAUGCUUUUCUGCCCAGGUACUUGGUGGAGAUUCAGCAGCUGCUGGGGGCAAUGGCCUUUGCUCCAAACCUCCAAGAGUCGCCUUAUCGGAAUAUCUUCGACAAUCCGUCGGCAUGGUCUGAUGUAGCGCAGUCUUUCACUCGGGAGUUCUGCUCACUGCUGGGUCUGUCUGCCGAUUCGCCACUCUACAUAGCCGCUACUGCUGGUGCGAUAGCGCUACCCACUCUGUUGAAAUUGCAGACAAUUAUGAAAGCAAAGAGGACAGAGUGGACCACGCAAAACGAACUUCCGGUCGAAAUUCCACUUCCACCCUCUUACCUCUUCCAUUCAAUCUUCGUCUGUCCAGUAUCCAAGGAACAGUCUACAGACGAGAACCCCCCGAUGAUGAUGCCUUGCGGUCAUGUUAUUGCAGAAGAGUCGUUGAAACGACUUUGCAAAGGCACAAGAUUCAAGUGUCCUUAUUGUCCCAAUGAGAGUCAUCCGCGAGAGGCAAGGAAGGUCUUCCUAUGA